GACAGAGGGUGGAGACGGCGGUAGGAUAAGGGCGGAGAGUUGAGGAUCCCAACGGAGAGCGUGUCCAAGCAGCAGGGUGCCGGCCAGGUGAUGCUUCUGCCUGGGCCUACUUAGGACCGGAAAGACUGCCAAGACCUCCACUGGGAGCACUGGGAAUCUUCUUUGACUGUGGGACACUGGGCAGGAGCUUUGCCACUGGCUGGCCAAGAAGAGGGAGGCAGAAUGUCUGCAUCGCUUCACCACAGAGUUCAAACUUCAGAAGACAUUGGGUUAAGCAGUAUCAUUUACCCUGCAAGUGAUUAUGUCUUCGCCUGUGCUCUAUGAUCCUCACAAACUAACGAAACACCUCUUAGGUCUUAUGAAUUCAGGUUACACUGUUUUCCAGAUGCACUGGCAGCUGAUGCAGGGCCUGUGAAAAAUGGAACCAAACUCUCUGAGGACUAAAGUCCCAGCUUUCUUAUCUGAUUUGGGGAAGGCCACACUGAGGGGUAUCAGAAAGUGUCCCCGAUGCGGCACCUACAAUGGAACCCGGGGCCUGAGCUGUAAGAACAAGACAUGUGGAACCAUAUUCCGCUAUGGUGCGCGGAAGCAGCCCAGUAUUGAAGCUGUCAAGAUCAUCACAGGCUCCGAUCUGCAGGUCUACUCAGUGCGGCAAAGAGACCGGGGCCCGGACUACCGCUGCUUUGUGGAACUAGGUGUCUCAGAGACAACAAUCCAGACGGUGGAUGGGACGAUCAUCACUCAGCUGAGUUCUGGACGGUGUUAUGUCCCCUCGUGCCUGAAAGCUGCCACCCAGGGUGUUGUGGAAAACCAGUGCCAGCACAUCAAGCUGGCAGUGAACUGCCAGGCAGAAGCCACCCCUCUGACCCUAAAGAGCUCGGUCCUGAACGCAAUGCAGGCCUCCCCAGAAACCAAGCAGACCAUCUGGCAGUUGGCCACAGAACCCACGGGUCCCCUGGUACAGAGGAUUACUAAAAACAUUUUGGUGGUGAAAUGCAAGGCAAGCCAGAAGCAUAGUUUGGGGUAUUUGCAUACAUCCUUUGCGCAGAAGAUCAGUGCCAAAAGCUCGCCCGAGCGCCGUUUCUUCUGCUCAUGCCAGACUCUGAAAUCACACAAGUCGAAUGCCUCCAAGGAGGAGGCAGCCCAGAGAUGCAUUCAUUUCUUCGCUUGCAUCUGUGCCUUUGCCAGCGACGAGACAUUGGCGCAGGAGUUCUCAGACUUCCUAAAUUUUGAUUCCAGCGGUCUUAAAGAGAUGAUUGUGCCCCAGUUAAGUUGCCACUCAGAAUCAACAGUAUCAGCUUGUGAGUCAACGGCCUCAAAGCCAAAGAAGAGGAAAAAGGAUGAGGGAUCUGGUGCACAGACGAACAGUUCACUGUUGCCGCAAGAUGCAGUGAGCAGUAAUCUAAGGAAAAGCGGCCUGAAAAAGCCUGUGGUUGCUUCUUCGUUAAAAAGGCAGGCCUGUGGUCAGCUGUUGGAUGAGACACAAGUGACUUUAUCCUUCCAAGACUGGCUGGCCAGCGUCACAGAACGCAUCCACCAGACCAUGCACUAUCAGUUUGAUGGCAAACCGGAGCCCCUGGUGUUCCACAUCCCUCAGACCUUUUUUGAUGCCCUGCAGCAGAGAAUAUCUAUAGGAAGUGCAAAGAAACGGCUUCCCAACUCCACCACAGCUUUUGUUCGAAAAGACGCCUUGCCUCUGGGAACCUUUUCCAAGUAUACCUGGCAUAUCACUAAUAUCCUGCAAGUUAAACAAAUCUUAGAUACCCCAGAGAUGCCCUUGGAAAUCACCCGGAGUUUUAUCCAGAACCGGGAUGGGACUUAUGAGCUGUUUAAAUGCCCUAAAGUGGAAGUAGAGAGCAUAGCAGAAACCUAUGGUCGUGUAGAAAAGCAACCAGUGCUGCGACCCUUGGAACUGAAAACUUUUCUCAAAGUUGGCAACACUUCCCCAGAUCAAAAGGAGCCAACACCUUUCAUCAUCGAGUGGAUCCCAGAUAUCCUUCCCCAAUCCAAGAUUGGCGAGCUGCGGAUCAAGUUUGAGUACGGUCACCACCGGAACGGGCAUGUGGCAGAGUACCAAGACCAGCGGCCACCCCUGGACCAGCCCUUAGAACUGGCCCCUCUGACCACCAUCACUUUCCCUUGAGGCAAAACGAAAGAGUCUUUUGCUGCUAAAUUUGCACAUCCCCACCCCUUGACAACUUUAAAAUACUAAUUAGGCACUUAGAUGGCCCUGUUCCUUAGUGAACUGCUCUUAGCUAAGAUGCAGUUUCUCAACGCAUUCAAGUGGACUCUGUGAAGAAGAAAAACCCUUCCUGUGCAUAGCCUUUCGGUGCUGCUGUGUAUAGCCUUCAUUAUACAUUGGGUAGUAUUUCUGGCUAGAGUUUUUAAACGAACAAAAAGAAAACCAGCUCACUUUCCUUCUUAAAGGACUCACCUUUAAAGUUCAAGUUUUUUCUAACUCUCUGAGAAGUUAGCAACACUCCGCCUUACACCAACAGUGUUGGAAAGUUAAUGAUACUCUGGUUAGGGCAGAAUGUUGGGACCAUCCUGGCAGACUUCCAGUCAUGCCCCUUUAUUCUGUUCCCAAAUAUAGCACAGUGUCACUAGUUUUUCCAAAUUCUAUCUCCUGUUGGCCUGAUGAUUUUUCUUGGGAGAUUUAGGUGAUAGUGAAAUAGGAAAAAGAGGUCCCGGUGUCAAGGGAAGACUGACAUUUCAAACUAAUGCUUGUAGUUGCUUGUUCACUUGAUAUUUAUUUCCUUUUUUAUUCUCCAAAAAGUUUAACAGCUGGUAAAAUUCAAUUCCUCUUUCUGAGUUCAUUGAUCACAGAAUGGAGAUACUGAAAGACACAGAAGUGGAAGCCUGUCCUCAAGAAGAAAAGGAGGGAUGAAUGUUUCCUGUAUGCCUGCUGUGUGCCAGGCACUUUCAUUUGCAUUUUCACUUAAUCAUUUUUCUCAUUUAGUCCUCGUUAUUCUUUGAGUUUAGGCAUUACCCCUUCUUUUAUAAAGUUAAAGAAACAGCCUCUUUGAGGUUAAGUAUCUUGCUGGAAACAGCAUUAAAAAUGUUUCAUUUUA